AUGGAUACAACUUCAAUUCCCCUCUUGGCUACAACUAUUUUUUACGAGGAUGAUGUCAAUAACACCACCGUAAAUCUCUUUGAACAGCCAGAUUGGCAAGUGGCACUUUGGGCGAUUGCAUACUCGCUAAUUGUGAUCGUGUCAGUCAUUGGAAACGUUACUGUCAUUUGGAUAAUCUUGGCGCACAAAAGAAUGAGGACAGUAACCAACUAUUUUAUUGUCAACCUGGCAUUUUCGGACGUGUCCAUGGCAACUUUCAACACUGCGUUUAAUUUUGUGUAUGCUUUGCAUAACGAUUGGUACUUUGGGUUAGGAUACUGCAAAUUUCAUAACUUCUUCCCCAUCACUGCCAUGUUUUCCAGCAUAUACUCAAUGGCAGCAAUAGCCGUUGACAGGUACAUGGCCAUUAUCCACCCGCUGAAGCCCAGGCUGUCCUCCACCAGCACGCGGAUAGUGGUGGCGGUCAUCUGGACCGUGGCGUGCUCCUUGGCCUUCCCCCAGUGCUUCUUCGCCAGAACCGAGUUCUACGCCCCGCGCACCGUCUGCAUGGUGGAGUGGCCCGACGACUACGGAGGCGUCCACCAGCUCAUAUACCAAUCAGCAGUCAUCAUCCUGAUCUACUUGCUCCCCCUGCUGGUGAUGCUGGUGACCUACAGUCUGGUUGGCCACCGGCUGUGGGGCAGUGAGAUCCCAGGAGAAGCGUCUGAUCAUUACCAAAACCAAAUUCAGGCAAAGCGCAAGGUGGUGAAGAUGAUGAUCGUGGUGGUGGUGACGUUUGCGACCUGCUGGCUGCCCUAUCACAUCUACUUCAUCCUGGGCAGCUUCAACCGGGACAUCUACAAGCAGCACUACAUCCAGCAGGUCUACCUGGCCAUCUUCUGGCUGGCCAUGAGCUCCACCAUGUACAACCCCAUCAUCUACUGCUGCCUCAACCAGAGGUUCCGCUCGGGGUUCCGGCAAGCGUUCCGCUGGUGUCCCUUCGUCAAGGUGUCCGAGGAGGACAACAUGGAGCUGCAGCACAUGCGCACGUUCCACACCACCCGCAGCUACCGCACCGAGAACACCGGCGCCACGGCCCGCAACCACGGCAACGCCCGCAACCACGGCAACGCCCGCAACCACGGCAACGCCCACGCCCACGCCCACGAGCACGAGGACACCGUGGCCAAGCUCAUCAAAGCCUGA